AUGCAGCGGCACAACAGGUACGAGGGUGAUUCUGCCGAGCGGGAGCCUCUUGAUUACUCUGGCUACUCCCACUUCCAAGGUCAGCCACAAGCUGCUACCCACUACGACGACCACAGUCAAUACCAACAACAACAACAACAACAGUCACAACAACAAAACCACCACCACCACCACCAACAACAACCGCAGGACUACUACGACCAAGACCACACCCGCGACCGGUACGACGAUAGUGAAAACAAUCGCCAAUCCCCUUCACCUCCGCGCGCCACUGCCGACGCUUAUCAACCAGACGCAGAUUUGGACGCAUCCCUGGGUCGUCUGCGAGCCGAGCGAAGGAACGACCGAGACCGUCACAACUGGCCCGGCGCUGCUUCACCAAACCCGGAUAUAGUUUCACCUUUGUCGUCGCCACAGCCAGCUGACAACGGCUACUGGGACCAGGAGCACGGUGGCCGAGCGAGACCGCCUAAAAGCAACGUCACGCCAGGCGCCGACAAUUUUAGCGCCUCCGCCGGCGGUGGCAUGGCUGGAAUUGCCUACCAGGUAGCCGACCGCAACGCUAGAGAGAGUGGGUUAGAGGCCAUGAGGGGCACCGACCCGGACCAACCAAACUACCCGGAGCAGGCGCACCACGCUGCGCAGAAUGGCCACAAUCACAAUGAUGACUUUGGCCGACAUUCUCCGUUCCCCUCCCCCUCCGAUGGGCCACGGCAAAGAAGCUACGGACAUGAUGCUGGGGACAGGGAUUCUCAUUCUAGUCUCACUGGCCUUGGUGCCUCUGGCAUCCCUCCAGGCAGAUCAACGCCAGGCAACGUUACGCCGUCAAGAAGCCCGUUGAGUCGCAGCGCCGUGUACACUGAUGACCCAUACUUGAGCUUUUCGAGAACAAGCCUACCAAAUCUCGGCGUCGUCAAUCCACACGACAUUUUCGACGACGGGGACGACGGCCUCGAUUACGGUAGGAAAAACCACCGUACAUCAAUGUUGAGCUUGGGAGCAUCGAGCAACCGGAGUGGCAGUAAUUUGGGUGCCGCUGCCGCUGCCGCUGCCGCUGCCGCAGGCGCCGGUGCUGGGCGGGCUGGUAGCGGUUCCAGAGCUGCUACGUAUGGACCUGUUAAUAGCAAUACCCCGUACGAGGAGACACACAAUCUCGGUGCCGAUAAGACCUGGGGCGAGAAGCCCAAAGGCAAGUCAAAGGUGUGGAGGCUCAUCGUUAUCGGGAUUGUUGCUGUUGCCAUCAUUGCCGCCUUGGCGCUGGGCAUUGUCUUCGGUGUGGCUAUGAAGGAUGGCGGCGGCGGUGGCGCAGCCGCCUCCUCCGGGCAGACGGCUGAGGAGGACCAGGCCACCAACGGCGAACUGAAUGCGGACAGUCAAGAGAUCAAGUCAUUGAUGAACAACAAUCAGCUGCACAAAGUAUUUAUGGGUAUGGACUACACUCCACUUAAUACGCAGUACCCGGACUGCCUCAAGUCCCCACCGUCGCAGAACAACGUCACCCGCGACAUCGCUGUGUUGUCUAAACUCACCAACAUUGUUCGUACCUAUGGCACUGACUGCAAUCAAACCGAGAUGGUCAUCACGGCGAUCGACAGGCUCAAGCUCAAGGGCAAGAUGAAGGUGUGGCUCGGAGUCUGGCAGGAUGGGAAUGACACAACAAACGCGCGACAGCUGGGUGAGAUGUGGAAUAUCCUCGAUCACCAUUCCAAGGAUGGUCGCAAGCCAGAGGACUACUUCAAGGGCCUGAUUGUCGCCAACGAGAUUUUGUACCGCGAAGAGAUGACCAAAAGCCAACUGAAGCUUCUCUUGUCAAACGUGAAAACCAAUCUGACUACCAGGGGCAUCAACCUUCCUGUGGCGACAUCAGAUCUUGGUAAAGAUUGGAAAGAUAAAGAUUUUGCCGACACAUCAGAGUACAUCAUGGCGAAUAUCCACCCCUUUUUCGGCGGGACGCCGGCAGAUAAAGCUGCGGCAUGGACGAUGGACUUCUGGAAUGACUUCGUCAAGGCGAAUCAGAAGUCAGAGGCAGAGAAGAAUGUUAUCGCUGAGUAUGGGUGGCCGUCACAGGGUGGGCAGAGAUGUCCGGAUAAUGCCGCAAGCUGCUCAACGUUUGCGACAGCGGACAUCCAGGGGCUUAACAAGGUUUUACAAGAUUGGGUGUGCCCGGCGCUCAACAAUGGGACAAACUACUUUUGGUUCUCGGCGUUUGAUGAGCCGUGGAAAAUCAAGUUCAACACGGCGAAGGAGAAUUGGGAGGAUCACUGGGGGCUCAUGACGGUGGACAGGAAACUCAAGAGUGGGGUAACGAUUCCGGAUUGUGGUGGCAAGGAGGCGCCGGCCGCUUGA